AUUCGCCUCACGAUUCUGAAGGUGACGACAAUUCCACCACGACACUAUUAAUGUAAUAUUUGCACCCACCCAUUGCUUAUCAUCGCGACGACAGAGAGCACAUCUGCGAAAAUGUUGUCCGUUCGGGACCAAGAAAAUCUGGUCCAUGGCCACCAAACUGCUGCGGCUUCGAAGCCCUUGAACCAAAGCACUAGAAGCCUUCAGCCAAAGACGCCCGGAAACAAAUACCCAAAAACACCUCUGAGGGUCCCUUUGAACGACGAAAAUGCACUAGGUAUAUUUGGAGGAAAGUCCGUCAAGGGAAAGGGCUUGGAGAACUUGAUGAACACUGGAAAAAAGGGUGCGACUCUGGACAAGAAUUCUUUCGUGACACCCGCACCCGGUAAGCAAUUGUUCUGCGGACUAGAGCAUGGUCGUUCUAAUUAGGUACUAGGUACUCGGAAUCGAGCUCCUCUUGGUAUGAAAACGACAAAUGCGAAAGCCAAAGCCUUCCAGACCCCUUCUGGCCCAGCUCCGGGGAAGGAUGUUGAAAAGACCCAGCAAAUGCAAACGAGCGCGCGCCGACCAAAGAGAGCCAUAUAUGCGGAUGCAGUUAAACUUGAGGUACAUGGAGAUGAGAUUCCAUUGCAAGAGCGAGAUUUGGAGGUUGAAUAUGCGCCACCUCGACCAAGAGAUAUACCUUACCAAUCAGAGGACUUUCCUGCAAAUUGUCUCAAUUACGACUUCAUCAAACCCGGCAAUUUGAUGAAAGGUGCAUUGAGCAGCCACCGCCAACAAGUGGAUGCUCAGGGACGUACCAGAUUGGAUCGAGAAUUGGAAGAAAGCUAUGAGAGGUCUGCUAGAAAUGCUGAUGAACGGAUUCUAAAGAUUAUGCAAGAAGAAGAGUGGACUGUGGGAGAUGUACCAGAGACAUUCCGCCAUCUUCGCAAGAAGGAGCCUGAGCAGAGCAAUAAGAACGGAGCUGGAAAUGUCAAGAAAGUCGCAACUAGAGCACAAAAAGCACCUGCAACGAUUGUAUCUCGGCGAGCAGCAUCAGCUCUUUCUGUCAUACCCAAACUCACUUCUACGCAAGUCAAAGCUGAGAAACCAGCUCCAAAUCCCAAGGGCCUCAUCUCAUUUCUAUCACGCCCCAAGCCCAUACCACUACCAAUAACAGCCCCAUCAACUCUUCGCAACAGCGCCGCUGUCAACACUUCAAAAAGCACUAUUGGUUAUUCAAAAGGAAGAUCUGCUUCUGGUGCACUUCAUAAAGCCCACGUCGAGCAAAACACAGCCGUAGGCCCACAAAAGAGAGCUGGUGGUGGACUUACAAGAAGUGUUAGCGACAUGAGUCAAGCAUCUGACCGCACGAUGACUCCAGCACGCUUUGCCAAGCAAGGACAUGACACUGAUGAGUGGAAAAAGAGAUUGUCAUUUCUCAGUGCAUUUGAUGUUGAUGAAGAAGACUUGGAACCAGGCUUAAGAGGUGUGAUGCCGGACAGCUUACGCGCCCAGGAUGAGGAGGAUGAGGAGUUUGUCCUCACUCUUAUGUGAUACUCCAUUGGAAGAUUGGAUUCGCUAGCCAUAUGGCUUCUUUCCUUGUGGAGUGUGCAGGUUGUCUAUUGGGUAUGCCUAUGGUUUAACAGGACUACAUUUCACCUUGGACAACUUUGUAUUGUAUCAAAAACUUGUAUACUACGUCUAUGUCCGAUAUGGUUCUUGGUUUUUUGUCGCGUCUUAUACCAUUGGUUUCGUGGAAGGUGAUCCACGUAUUUCUUGUCAGGGAAACUUACAAAUGGCUGUGAGUUCCUGGGUGUUUUCGGCGCCAAAAAGCUACAUUACUAGGAACCACAAUCUUUACGUAGAAUGCAUAUCAAACCA